AUGGAACCGAGGAGGUUAGAGCGAUUAGUGUUCCUGCUCUGCUGCAUUGCGGCAAUCACAUGCAGGCUACACGCACAAGCUCAGGCCCAAACAACUCUGCAACACACCAAAAGCUCAACUCACACUGGAGCAGUGGGUAGGAAUUUGUCAGAGUUGGGAAACAGAUCAGAGAGUGUGCUCUCAAGAAGAACGAGGAGAGUUGAUCCUCUUGAAGGACUGAGGAAAUAUGAGGGAGGGUACAACAUCACUGACAAGCACUACUGGAGUUCGGCCAUAUUUACAGGUAGAUCUGGAUAUGUGAUGUCAGGAUUAUGGAUUAUUGGUGGAAUCAUUUUCGUUGUAGUUCUUCUCGUCUCGAAGAUUUUCUUCUCAAAAAGGAAAGAAAGAUACACUGACUUGGACUAUUUCCUUGAGAGAUAUCAAAUUUUGACUGUGAUACUCUGUAUCCUCCUUACAGUUUUUGUCAUAGUUUCUUCAGCAGUUGCGCUUUGCGGCACGGUACAAUUCCACUCAAGAGCAGAAUCUGUGAAAGAGAUAAUUGGGACGACUGCACUCGAGGCGACAGCGACAAUUUACAACAUAACAGGUGCCAUUGAGAAGAUGCAGAACACAUCGAAUCUGUACAACUACACCAGCCAAGCUUGGGGUCAUCUGAAUGCCACAGUUGAGGCGCUCAACUCUGAGGCCGUGGAGAUUCAGGCAAAGGCGGAGAAGAACAUGCGCUUGGUUAGCAAGGGAAUCAGGACUCUGGAACUUGUGACAAUUUUAUGUGUGACACUGAAUCUUGUCGCAUUACUGGUGUUGCUGGUAGGGAAGCCUCUAAGGCUGCAAAAGCUGUGUUGCUUGUGCAUGGUCUUCUGCUGGAUACUGACAGCCCUAUUCUGGAUGUACUUCGGCCUGUACUACUUCUUCGACAAGUUUGCCGGCGACACGUGUGUUGCCCUGGACGAGUACCAGCUGAACCCUCAGAAUAGCACGCUGGGCACCAUCAUACCCUGCAGCGAGAAGCUCUCCGCUGACGUGAUCCUGCACGACGUCGGUGCAGGCAUCCAUGACAUCAUUAACCAGGUGAAUUCAAACAUUUACACGAUCAAAUCAGAGUACCCGGUGAAGCAGCUGGACUACAUCUGCAACCCCUUCACGGGACCGCCGCAGUACCAGUACAGGCCGGAGAACUGCCCCUCCGGCGCCUCCACCAUCGGUGACAUCCCGCAGAUCCUGAAGAGGCUGACGUGCUCAGACUUCGGCGGCGGCGCCAACUGCCGCCCGGCCGACCUCUCGUCGGCGAUCGACUACGACAAGGUGCAGUCGUACACGAGCUCCAUCCAGAACGUGCUGGACAUCUUCCCGGGCUCGGAGCGCCUGGUGAGCUGUGAGCUGGUGAAGGCCGGCUUCGCGGACAUCGUGGGCAACCAGUGCGCCCCGCUGCGGCGCGGCGCGCGCGCGGCGUGGGCCGCGCUCGCCGCGCUGUCCGCGUCCAUGGUGCUGCUGAUUCUGCUCGUGCUCGUGGCAACCAACGGGCGCCACCCCGGCGACGACUGCCUGUCCGUGCGGCACCUGACGUCGUCGACCAACUCGGAGAUCUCGGAGGCGGAGUUCGCCGAGAUGCACGCCAAGAAAGUGCGGAUCAGGGUCGGGCCAUGA